UGGUGGGACGAACAGAACACAGUUUAAUGGCGGAGCUUUUCGGCAACACAAGUGUGUACUCCAUAAAAUGUGAAAUAAAACGGAGUUAUUGUAGUUUCACAUGAAUUUAUGUGGAUAAUUCAGGCUCCGGGAUGGCCACGUUAGUGCUGGAUAACGGAGCUUACACGGCGAAGAUCGGAUACAGUCUGGAGAAAGUGAGCGUCAUCCCAAACUGUCAGUUUCGCUCAAAGACGUCCCGAUUAAAAACCUUCACAGCCAAUCAGCUCGAUGAGAUCAAAGAUCCGUCAGGUCUCUUCUACAUCCUCCCCUUCCAGAAGGGUUAUUUGGUGAACUGGGAUGUUCAGAGGAAAGUGUGGGAUCAUCUGUUUGGGAAGGAGAUGUUUAAGGUGGACUUCGCAGACACGAGCAUCGUCAUCACUGAGCCGUACUUCAACUUCUCCUCCAUCCAGGAGUCCAUGAAUGAGAUCCUGUUUGAGGAGUACCAGUUCCAGUCGGCUCUCAGAAUAAACGCCGGUUCUCUCAGCGCCCAUCACUACUUCCACUCCAAACCAUCGGAGCUCUGCUGCCUGGUGGUCGACAGCGGAUUCUCCUUCACUCACAUCGCCCCCUACUGUCGCAACAAGAAGAUGAAGGAUGGCAUACGCAGGAUCAACGUAGGUGGAAAGCUGCUGACCAAUCACCUGAAGGAGAUCAUUUCAUACCGGCAGCUGCAUGUCAUGGAUGAAACUCACGUCAUCAACCAGGUGAAAGAGGACGUCUGCUACGUGUCUCAGCAGUUUUACAAAGACAUGGAGGUCGCACAGUUGAAGGGAGAAGAAAACUCAGUGAUGAGGGAUUAUGUUCUUCCCGAUUUCAGCUCCAUCAAAAAAGGUUUCUGCAAGCCUCGAGAGGAGAUGGUCUUUAGUGGAAAGUAUAAAACAGGAGAGCAGAUCCUGAGGCUGGCCAACGAGCGCUUUGCUGUUCCUGAGAUGCUCUUCCACCCGUCAGACAUCGGCAUCCAGGAGAUGGGCAUCCCCGAGGCCAUCGUAGACGCCAUCCAGUCGCUGCCAGAAGAAAUGCAGCCACACUUCUACCAGAACAUCAUCCUGACCGGAGGAAACUCUCUGUUUCCUGGUUUCAGAGAGCGCCUGGAGGCUGAGCUACGAUCGCUCUCUCCUGCCCACCUCCCUGUGUCCGUGCUGCUGCCUCCAAACCCCAUCACGUACUCGUGGGAAGGAGGGAAGCUUCUGGCUCACAGUCCGGACUACGACGAGGUCGUGGUAACUCGAGAGGACUACGAGGAGAACGGACACUGUGUGUGUGAAGAAAAGUUUGAUAUCUGAAAGGACUGAAACUCAGGCUGCAGAGAUCUGAACAUUUUUCUGCUGCUUUGUCUUUGUUUCUUUUGUAUUUUGUUUUUAUACUUUUGUUUUUGAUUGUUUCACUCAUAAAAGACGUGGAGCCAGAAGACAACUGGA